UGAGCACAUAGUUCUUACCAGCCCAGCUGGCACCUGGGGGCACAGAGGAGAUGCCUGCUGCCAUGGGAGGGUGUGCCCCACUGUGCAUAGGGUUGCUGCUUUUCUCUCUGGCCGGCACGCUAACAGGCAAUCGAAAAUCUAUUCUGACCUUGAACCCCCCAUGGAAUAGAAUUUUUAGAGGAGAGAAUGUGAUUCUCGAAUGUAAAGAUAAUAAUUCCACUGAAAAUAGCCACACUGUGUGGACCCAUAAUGGCACCAUUUCGGAAGUGACAGCUUCAAAAUGGAGCAUCGUGGAUGCCACCUAUCAACACAGUGGGAUAUACACAUGUCAUGGCCGAAAUUUUUACAAGAGUAAACCUGUGUACUUGGAAGUGAUCAGUGACUGGAUGCUCCUUCAGGCCUCUGCUGAGGAGGUGUUGGAAGGGGAGUCGCUCUUCCUCAGGUGCCAUGGUUGGAGAAACUGGAAGAUCAAAAAGGUGAUCUACUACAAGGACGACAUGGCUCUCAAGUACUCCUACGGGAACAAAGUGUUCUCCAUUACAAAUGCCUCACUUAACGACAGUGGCAGCUAUUUCUGUAAGGGCCUACUUCAGAAGCAGCCCUGUGUCUCUGAGCCCCUUCGAAUUACAGUAAUAAAAGUAUACCGAACCAAGUACAUGUGGCUGCAAAUUAUUGUCCCCUUGCUGGUGGCGACUCUGUUUGCUGUGGACACAGGACUGUUUUUCUUGACGGAGCAGCAGUUUAAAUCUCUCUUGAAGAUUAAGGAAACUGAAAAAGUCAACAAACCUAGGAAGUCGCUUCCUAAGCCAGAUCCUGAAAAGAGCUGAUGUCAUUUCUUAAGGGAGAAUUGGCAACAGCAAUAUUUUACUGCACAGCAAUUGCUUCUCCAUUGUCAGACACAACUCAGGAUGUACAUAGAAGCCUAUGUUUGAGGAUUUGCAGAAUUAUUUCAUUAAACCGACUGUACCUGGUUAAGUGGCAUGUAAUAGUUAAGUGCUCAAUAAAUAUUAUUUGAAUAAUUGAA